AGUGUGCCAGCCCUCGCCUGCUCACCUGGUUCUCACACCACCUCCUCUUAAGUCGGACCUUUUAGACAGUAACGAGUCAGGGUGUGUUGUUGAAGCUGUAGACUGAUUGGUGUUUAUGAUACGACCUUGUUUGACGACCCAGCAGUAGUGACGCCGCGGUGGAUGAUGGCUCACAUUGACGGUAACGGACUUUAUCUCUCGUGAACGUCUACCGCACACUGUCUGCCGCCCACUGUCUCCCGUCCACACUAUCUGCCGUCUACACUCUUCCGUCCACACUGUCUGCCGUCCACACUAUCCGCCUUCUACACUCUGCCGUCCACACCGUCUGCCGUCCACACUGCCUGGUGCGGGCAGUUAAAGCUAUCCUCACCACUCAACACCGACUUGCUGAAACCAGGUGGUGGUAGGCGUGACCAGCUGCCGCGCUUAACAGUAAUGGAGAAUAGCUCAGAGUCGAGAUUGUUUUACACAUGGAGAAGGAACGCGAGGAAGCAGAGUGGAUAUGAUCCAUUUCAAGUUUUCGAAGUGGAGCAUGAGGCAUGUCUGGACCUGGAGAUAGUCAUCAAGAGAGGAGAGUCCAUCACUAAAGGCAGCACAUUAAAAGACUUCGUGGACACUCCAGAUCCAUAUGUAAUAAUGAAAAUUCCUGGUUCUUCCAAUCCCUCCAAGCGGACCAGCCAUGUGGACAAUUGUGUCAGUCCUAUUUGGGAUGAAACUUUCCACUUUUUUUUAGAUCCUUCAAAAGAACAUGAACUCAAUGUAAUUUUGAUGGAUGCAAAUUAUACAGUUGAUGAAACUCUUGGAGAUGACAAAUUCUGUAUCAAUCAACUCACAAACGACGUACCCACGGACCACACAUUUUACUUCCAUGGCGGCUCAAAGGUUCACACAACCCUUAAACUGCAGAAAAAUAAAACGCCAGAUCUACGGUUCUCACUGGCAUUGUGUCAGAAAGAGAAAGACUUCCUUCAAAUCCGCCGGAAGAAAGUCCUGGCAGCCAUGCAGAGGGUAUUAGGAACUGAGGCACCUGACACAGAGAGACAGGUUCCUAUUAUCAGUAUACUUGGCUCUGGUGGUGGGUUCCGUGCCAUGACCUGCCUCAGUGGUGCCAUCAAGGCCUUGCAUGAGUCUGGCAUUCUUGACUGUGCCACUUAUAUCUCAGGACUGUCAGGUUCAUCAUGGUACAUUUCUACCCUUUAUGCCCAUGACAACUUCCCUGAAGUAACCCAUGAUCAAAUACAGAAAGAACUUCGAGAAUCUGUUACAAAGGACUGGAAGCGGAUGCUUAUCAAUGCCCUCAGUUAUGUGUCUAGCAUGAUUAUAAAGUACAAACAGGGCCAGCCUGUGUCCUUUACAGAUUUCUUUGGUCAUCUUCUGGGAGAUGUUCUUCUUAAAGGGCAAAAACACAAGAAACUGACUGACACACAGCGUAUAUUAGCUCGGGGAGCUGUUCCGUUGCCUCUGUAUACCUGCCUCCAUGCCAAGAAAAAGGUUUCCUGCCGUUCAUUUUCAGAGUGGGUAGAAUUCUCUCCUUAUGAAAUAGGAAUUGCAAAGUAUGGAACUUUCAUGAAAACAGAGGACUUUGGAAACAAAUUCAUAGUAGGGAAAAAAAUAAAACAUUUUGAAGAACUUCCUCUACACUUUCUGCAAGGUGUGUGGGGCAGUGCCUUCACGAUCCUCAUCAAGAGGCUGGUGAUGGAGGGAGGAAAGAAGGACAUGGUGCAGAUCAUGAGAGAUGCACAACAGGAAAAUAAUUUGGAAGACAAUCUUAAAGAUACUAUCAGCUCAGGGGAGAGCUCAGAUACUGAAGAUGAGGAAGAUAUUCAGGGUAAAGAUGAUAAGGAAUCCGAGGAGGAAGAUCUUGGAAUUACAGUCGAGUCACACUGUACAGACAGUGAUAAGUUUUAUGAAUGUCCUAGCUUAGCAUUUGGGGAUAAUAACAGCCACUGCAGAUCAGAUGGUGAAAGUUCUAUUUCACCUCAGCAGAAAAAUGACCAGAACAAAGCAAUGCUCACAACAAAGUCACUUGAUUUGGACAGUCUAAAACUUUCUGAACGUAAUCAAAAACAGAACAGAAGAAAAAUAUCUGAACCAUUUAGCUUUGAUAUGACUAAAAUGAAAUCAUCUAGAGAUAAUCGAAAGGAAAGCACAAUUAGUGAUCCUGGAGUUUCAACCAAUUAUCAGACUGCACAGGAAUCAAGAUUAAAUCGCCAAGGGGCCUUCAAAGCUACACGUUUACGAAAACAAGUAAAUGUUAGUGAUGAAGCAGGAAAAAAUGUCUGGGCCAAUAGAAGAAAAACCCUUCGGAAGUCAAGAGUGGAUAAGAAGGCUGGUUUCUGGGAUGCACUGAAGCAGAACAUCAUGACAGGAACGAACAUCCUUAAUUCAAGAGCGGGAAGAGCAGGGGAAGUGCUCAACCCUUUCCGUGGACUAUCCCUGAGGCACUCCUUUCCUAUAUCGCCUUUUGCUGCUGAUGCCAUGGCUGAAGAAGAAGACCAGGAAGAUCAGGUGGACUCUGAUAUGGACUUUGGAGCAAGCUGCAGAUAUAAGGCUUUAGACAACACAGCAAAAAAGUUAUUCAUUGUGGACUCUGGCCUGGCCUUCAACUCGCCAUACCCUCUCUUGCUGCGGCCACAACGAGCGGUGGAUAUUUACUUAUCAUUUGACUUCUCUCAGAGGCCCAAGGACAGUUCACCGCCUUUCAAGGAACUUCUGCUUGCUGAAAAGUGGGCUAUCCAAAACAAAGUUCCUUUCCCUCCAAUACAGAAACAGAUUGAACAAUAUGAAAAUGAAGAAGUCCGUGAGUGCUAUGUGUUCAAGCAUCCAGAUGAUCAGUUUUGUCCUGUCAUACUGCAUUUUCCUCUAGUCAACAAUAAGUUCAGGGAUUUUAAAGCACCAGGGGUUCCACGAGAAACUGAGGAAGAAAAACAAUUUGCAGAUUUUCCCAUUUUUGAUGAUCCACAGAACCCAUUUUCUUCUAUGAACUUUGUGUAUGAACCAUUGCAAUAUGACCGCCUGACAAAGCUUGUAGAAUUUAAUACUCUCUCGUGCAUCGACACUAUAAAGAAGGAAAUUGAAGAAGCUGUCGUGAGACAGAAAAAUUGUGUCAAGGUGUCUUUCGACAGUGUGGUUAACACAUUUACUCGUGUGUCUAGCUUUCGCAAAAAAGUUGAUGGUUCUAGUCUCAGAUUGAAAGUUUCUGAAGAAAAGAAGCGUCAGUUUAAGAAUAUUGCUUUGCGUGAAGCUGGAAUUGAGCGACAAGUUAGCACGGACAGUUCAGAAGGUGAAUUUUCAGAUGCUCUAGAGGAGCUGCCAGAUGAAAGCAGUCACUUGUGAAUACUACAUAGGUCUUGGAACAACAUUGAAUCAUAUCAUUUUUUCAUUACCAUAUACAGCAUGCCACAUAUUAUCUCACUUAAUAUAGUUACUCAUUCCAAGGAUUCAUACCAUUAUAGACUUGUUCAAUGCAUUAUACACCUUAUAAAACAGUAUUAAUAUUAUUUCCUUUAAGCUUAAAAGACAUUACAGUGGAAGGAUACAAUGAUAAUGAGUUGGUUAAAUAUUUUAACACAGUAAAAAUUCAUUCGGUUGUGAAAGAUUGUAAAAAAUUAUAAUAAACACAAAGGGCAUUUCAUUUUUUGCUAUACAGUACAGUAUGUUAAUGAUUAUUUUUAAUACUGUGCACAGUUUGGAAAAUAAUAGUUUAAUUAUUUCCUAAUAGAUCUACAACUAUGUUGAUAAACAUUAGAAAUUUGAAUUUAUAAUAAACUACUGUAUGUAGUAUAGUAGUACUAUGCUAGUACUGUAUAAACCAGUUACUGAUGGCAACAUUACAUAAUUUUUUUAAUUAGAAUACAAUAUAUCAUAAAUUUAAGUUUAGUAUCUCUCAGAAUACUGAAGAUGUCUAGGAGAUAAACUGUGUUUUUUCUUUCACAGAUUUUAUUGUAAAUUAUAUAAUUAAUGUAAUAUGUAUAAAACAAUGUUAUUUAUUUAUUUUGUAUAUUCCAGUACUACAAAGAAUGUUUUGUACUGUACUCUGUACAAAUGAGUUUCUAUGAAGAUUGUUAAUAUUUUUCUACUGUAAUGUUGUACAGUACGAUUGGCUUUCCAAGAUAAUUUUUUUCUGGUCUAAAACAGUUGGAGUUAUGCCAUUCAUUAUUUGUUGUGUUAAUUUGAUUAUUUUCUUGAAUUUUAUUCACUUUACUCCACAUAAGGGAUUUGAAUCCUUUAGAGGGCAGGAAUUUCUCUAAGUUGAAUAUAAUCUUUUUCUUUUCUUUUAUCCUCUUCACCACUGAUCGGCUAGUUAGCCGCUUGGGCGAUUGGUUACGUCUCUUUUACUUUUCUUUUUCUUUUACAGGUAUUCUAUUCACCAAAUGAUCGGCAUUAGCCAGAAUAAAAUAACCAAGUGCGCUGCUGCCCUCUAAAGGGUUAAAAAAUUGUGCUGUUUGGAUAAAAAAUGUUACUCGGAACAGAAUAGUAUAUGGAGCUUAGUAGAGAGAGGGUUGUAAAUCUACUGUAAACUCAAGUACAUAUGACAGUUUAGACUAAUACUCUUGUUAUGGAAUGCCCGGUAGUUAAUAGCCGAUCAGUUGACCUCGUCACCCAUGGGUGCUCAUCCACAGACAUAUAAAGUGAAGACUUUUUCUAAUCUUUAUGUUACUUUUCUCCUACCUCAUAAACUUUGUGGCUGCUUUAUGUCUUCAGACUACUACUGUACUACUUUUUCAGAAAGUUCAGUUUUACUUUAUUCUACAUACUGGCACUUACAAGUUUGAACCUAUCCUGUUUCUUGCUUUGUCCUUCAUUUUGCUUUUCCUCAUGUACUGUAUAUAUAAUUGUUGCAGUGAAAUAUUUGUUUCUUGGUUUGAGUCAUGGGUCAUUAGAAUGUAGGCUGCACACUGCUGCAUUUCACUGAACAAAAGAAUGAAGUUAGGGUAUGUGAGCAUGCACCUUUAUGAUCAUGGAAAAGGGCAUUGAAUGUUGCAGAAAUUCAUGUCAUCAUCAUACAGGAAUAUAUAGUAAGAAGUAUCAAAAAGACUUAGGCAGAGGAAUGAUUAAUUAAUCUUAUUUUCAUGAGAAUGUAUUAGGUGUGAAUCCUGAGGGAUAAUUAACAGAUGUAGCAUGAAGUAAUGAGGUUUAUAAUGUGGGAUAAUUAUUAAGUUUGCCAUGAUGAAUUAUUAAGUUUGUAAUAUGUAGAUCAUGGCUGAUAAUUUAGUGCAUUGCAAAGCAUAAUUAUUAAUUUGUUAUGAAUAUUCCAUUUAGUGAUAAGGAGCAGGACUUACAAGGUCACCUAAUAUUAAUGUGGUGAAUUCUAAAGCUGAAGCAGAAUCGCUUUUGUGUAUGUGAUUAAAGGGGUCACUCAAAUAUGUACCAUGAGCAAGUCAGGCUUGCCAGAUCAGUGAACAGUUUCCCAUGUAAAGUCACUCCAAAGAAGUAUAUUUACUGGAUAAUUUUACAAUGAAUAACUUUUUAUAAACUAAGUUUUUGUCGGAGAUUUUAAUAUACGUAAAUGCAUUUUAGGUUCCCAUAAUUAAAAAAAAAGUAAUUCACUCAUCACCCAAAAAAAAAUAUAUAUAUACAGUAGUAGAAGAAAAUUAUAUGUCCAACUACAGUAUUGGAGUAGUGGGUGCUGUAUAUGUUCCUUCAGGUUUGAGGAGUUUAAAAUGUUCUCAUCUUGCUCCUCAAUUUACAAUCCAUAAUUUAAUUUCUUUAGGUUAUACUGUACUGUAAAUCAAGUUAGCGUCAUCCAGAACAAAAUGAUUAAUUUUACCGAGAUUAUGGUUUAUUAAUUUUACAGUUAUUUACUCUGCUUAGUAAUUUUACUUUUCAUAAUUUACUGUAUUUUGCUGAAUGUGUAUUAUCUAUUUGUGCAUCAACAACUGAUGUCUUUACCAAUAAGUCUGUAAAUUUAAGUUAUUUCAAUCACUAGACAACAUUUAUUAAGAGUUGAAGAAGGUACAUCUUCUUGUGUUUAAUAUUAGAGAAUGAUAUACUGUAUUUUAUGGUGCUUAGACUCGAGAUAUUAUUACCCAUAAAAAAGAAAUCUUACUCCCCCUCUUAUUUAUUAUUCACUUCUUUUCAUCACAAGUCAUACAGUAUUACAUUUACUAACACUAGUACUGUACUAUUAAGUGUAUUUUAGUACAGGACUGUACGUAUUUGAAAAUUAAAAUCCUCUCAAUAAAUAUCCAUUUUCUGGGGUAUUUAUAUGCAUAAUUUGUGUAUAAUUUACUAGUCACUGAAAAUCUAAAUAUAUAGGUCACACACAUUACAUUAGACAGCUAUUAUUUAAACAAUCAGGGAUUAUAGUAAAGUUGGGUCCUAAAUGUUUGGAAUGUAUAAGGAUUGUGAAAGUCCCUGUUUCCUCUAUUAAAAUUUUAACAAUUGAAACUAAAGCAAUAAAUAAGUAGUACAAUUUAACUUAUAUGUAUUGUGAAUGUUCACUGAAGAGGGUAUUCCAAAUUUGUACAGUCAGUUCUCUUACGUGUCAUUUUGAUGCCAACGCCCAUAUUCACUAGUCAUAUAAAGCCUAUGGUGUGGAGGAGACAUUAUGAAAUAGUGACUGUGAUCUGUCUUCAGUGCUCAACAGUCUUUGCUUAUGAAUGCCCCUGAUAUUUCUAAGGUCCAGUACAGUACUACCAAAUAGCUGAAAUGAAUAUGAAUUUUAUAUAUUGUAAAGGAUACACAGUGGAUAACUUUCAGACUUUGUCAUUUCUGCUUAAGUGAGUGAAAAUGUCCAUACAUACAUCUGAUCAUGUACAGUAUGUAUUUUUCUUUAGCUUCUUACUGUGAUUUUUUUUUUCCUAAUAGAAAAACUGUAUCUAACUUUUCAUACCAUUCAAUAAAAAAAUAAUCCAGGUAAA